AUGGAUCCAAGUGAAGAGACAAAGUCUCAAACUUUACCACAAGAUAUUAGUAAUGACAACAAUAAUAUAAUUAUUGAAAAAGAAGAAAAGGAGAUAAAGGAAAAUACAAAUAAUAAUAAUACAACAACCACAACCACCAAUACAAUAACAACAAAUGAAACUAUAAAUGUAGAAAUCGAAAAUAUACCGCAACCAACAAUUAUACAACAACAACAAAUUAACGAGGGAGUAGAAAAAUAUUUAAACAAUUCAACAGCAAUAAAAGAUAAUAAGGACGAAAUAUUUGAUAAGAUUUUAUCAAUAAUUAAAGAAAAUAAUUCAAAUUUAUUAAGUCAAUAUUUAGAGAAUUUAUCUGGUUUAAAAAAUGAAAAAAUAAUAAAAGAUGAUGACAAGGAAGAUGAUGAAGAUGAUGAAGAUGAUGAGAAAAUAGAAAAAAAGAAACAACCACAACAAAAAAAAUCCAUAAGAUAUUCUCAAGAAAAUUUAAAUCUUUAUUUAGAAAGAGAGAAAGAAAUUAAAGAAAAUAAUAAAUAUUUUAAUUUUAAAGAAAUUUUAAAUAAAACAAUUGAAUCAACUGGUAAAACUUUAUUAUAUACUUCAAUUGAAUCUGAUUGUUUUAAUGAUAUAGUAUUAUUAUUAUUAAAAUAUGGAGCUGAUCCAAAUAAAACUGUAACAUUAAAUGAAAAUAUAGAUGAAAAUACUACAACUAGUAGUAGUGGUAGUGGUAGUGGUAGUGGUAGUAAUAAUAAUAAUAAUAAUAAUUUAAAUAAUUCAAAUAAUGAAAUUGAUGAAUUAUUAGAAUAUUAUAAAAAAUCAACAAAAAUUGAAAGUCCAAUUCAUUUAGUAAUUAGAAACGGUGAUUCAACAAUUUUAAAUUUAUUAUUGGAUUAUAAUGUUGAUGUGAAUCAAAAGGAUUCAUUGGAAAGAACACCAAUUAUACUAUCAAGUGCAAAUGGUAAAACUGAAUGUUCAAGAUUAUUAGUAUUAAAAGGUUGUAAAGUUAAUGAAAUUGAUAAAAAGCAAAAAACAGCACUUCAUUUAGCAAUGGAUGGUGGCUAUGAUGAUAUAGCAACAACUCUAACUCAAAAUGGUGCUGAUAUCUCCCUUAGAUAUCAUUAUAAACCAUUAAAUAGACAUAAUCAUACCUAUCGUCAAUCAAUACAAGAUUAUUCAGAUUAUAAAGAUAUUAAAAUUUUAAAUAAAUUAGAUCGUUUUGGUAAUAUUCAGUAUGGUUAUAAUAAUUCAAAUGAUAAUAAUAAUAAUAAUAAUAAUAAUAAUAAUAAUACAAAUAAUAAUACAAGUAAUAAUAAUACAAAUAAUAAUACAAAUAAUAAUACAAAUGAAGAAAUUAAUAAUGAACCACCAUCACCACCAAUUGCACCAGUACCUAGAAAAUAUACAAGAAGAUCAACUAUUAAUAGUGGAUUAACAUCAAAUAUAAGUGUUUUAAAGAAUAAAAAAGAGAUUGAAAAAGAAUUGGAAAGAUCAAUUAAAUGGAAUGCAAUGAUAAAGAGAUAUAAUUUGAAUCACAAGUUUACAGGUAAAUUUAAAUCUAGAUCUAUUAAAGGUAUACCCGAUAGAAUGAGAUCAGAGGUUUGGCCAUUGUUAUCACAUGCUCAAGAAGAGAAAUCCAGGAAUCCAGGUUUAUUCAAUCAAUUGGUGAAUCAACAUUCUGCAAAUGAGAUUUAUAUAGAUUUGGAUGUUAAUAGAGCUUAUAGAAAUCAUAUAUUUUUUAGAGAACGUUAUGGUAUGGGUCAAGUAUCAUUAUUCAAUGUCUUGAAAGUUUAUUCACUAUACGACCAAGGUGUUGGCUAUACUCAAGGUAUGAGUUCGAUCGCUUCUUUAUUAGUGAUGUAUCUAUCAGAGGAAGAUGCUUUUUGGACUUUACAAUCUUUAAUGUCUAGACCAGAAUAUUCAAUGAGAUCAAUGUUUUUAUCAGGUUUACCAGGUCUAAUAAGAAUGUCAUUCGUUUUUGAAAAUCUUUUAAAUCAUUAUUUCCCCGCUGCUAAAAAUGCUUUAGAUAAUAUUAACUUAACAACCACCCUUUAUUCAACAAAAUGGUUCCUAAUUGGUUUCUUAGAUUCUUUCCCAUUUCAUAUCUCCUUGCGUGUUUGGGAUUUAAUCUUCUCUGAAGGUUAUACAAUAGUUUAUUCAAUUGCAAUGGCUUUAUUUAGAUUAAAUGAAAAAUCAAUUUUAGCAAAUAAAGAUAGUUUUGAAAAAUGUUAUAAUAUUUUAAGAUCAUUUGAAACAUUUGAAAUUGAUGAAGAUAUCUUUAUUAAAUAUGUAAUAAAACAUAGAAUUAGUUCAAAAAGAAUUCAAUAUUGGGAAGAUAAACAUGCCGCUUCAUUAUCAUCAACAAAUUAA